AUGUAUGAGGAGGAUAUGGUGGAGGAAGUUAUAGGAUUGAUGGACGCCUUCAUUCACCGGCCAGACCUGGAUUCACCUGGGGCAGCCGGUGACAAGUGCGCCGGCAGCGGGCUGGGAGGACGCAGUGGUGCAGGCGCCGAGCUUGGCGGCGGCAGCACCUGCGGCUACCGGAGCCAUGAAGCAGCACGUCGUGACAUGAUGAGAAUUCACGGUGCACAG